CACCCACUCCACCAAGCGACCCAGCCCUUUUUAGGCUGAUCCUGAUCCGGCCAGGCCAUCUGUGGACCUUGACAUCCAUCCAUCCAUCGGCCCAUCAGCCCAUCACUCAGUCGGUUUGGUUGCCGUAGACGACAAAGAAUGGGUUGAGUGUGUUCUCCUUGUUGUACCGCACCGGCUCGCCCUCUUCACACGGGGAGCCGCCUGUCGCCUGCAAACAAACAUAUGCACACACGAGUGAGGUCUGCGUGUGCCUCACGUGUGUGGACAUCGAUUGUGUAUUGGCUGUGUGUUUGCAAUUGCGAGUGACCUGGACGACUCUGCCACCAGCCUCGUUGACGAUGGCGUGGGCGGCGCAGGUGUCCCACUCACCUACAGGACGAUACACACACACACGAUAGAGGGAUGGAUGGACGGAUGGCAUCAUUGCUUGUGCAUGUGUGUGUUAGGUACACGUGGGUGCGAGUCGUGGGUAGACGUGAGCCGUGCCCUCAGCGACCAGCAUCAGCUUGAUCGACGAACUGAUGCAGACAGACACACAACGACACAUACACACACACACACACACACAGACACACACAUCCACGGUCUCAAGUGGCCGCCCCGCCCCCCGCCGCUCAUCACGCUGUCUACAGUCCUCACUCACUGACCCGAGCGAUAUGAGUGUGGGGUUUUUGUACUUGCUGAUGAACUCCUGGGUCUCGGGCGUGUUGUGCGACCGCGACGCCACGAUGGUGAGGCCCUCGUCGGCCUUGCUGAAGGUCGCCGCCUGGAUCUUCCUGACCUCGUCGUUCUCCUCCUUGUAGGCACCUGACAUGCACGGACGACGACAGACACAGACGGAGAUCCCCACCAAGCUUCCACAGUGGGAGCUCCGUGUGUCUGUGUGUGUGCAUGUUGUGCGUACCGAGCCCCUCUGCGGCCCAGUAAGCGAUGCCCUGUGCCGGGAUGGUCACCACCCCAGCGAUGGGCGUGGGGCCUUUGCAGAUGCCGAUGUUGACCGUGAACUGACCGUUGCCUAAACACACACACACACACACACGCGCAUGAGAAAGCAUGAAUCACACGUGUGCGAAAAGCUGUCCGUCGAUUGCCUACUGACGUUUGAUGAACUCUUUGGUUCCAUCAAGUGGGUCGACGCAGAAGUAGUACUCCCAGUUCUUGCGCUCCUCGUAGGCCAGUUUCUCGUUCUCCUCGCUGACGAUGGGCACAUUGGGGUAGAGGGUCGCCAGCGCCUCACAGAUGACCUUGUUGGCCUCCCUGUCGGCGGCCGUCAGGGGCGAGCUGUCGCUCUUCAUCUCGACCUCCCAUUUGUCCUUCUCGCCCUCGUAAAUGGCCAUGAUGGCCGCACCAGCACGCUUGGCUAUCUUGACGAUCUCAAGCACGUCCACCAAUGUGCUCCCGCACUGCACCUUCAUCGUCGACAGCGCCAGGAAAUCGCUCGUCGUGAUCCCCGUGUUGGGCGCCGGGUAGCUCUUGGCCGAAACAACGGUGGAUGAUGAGGGGGUGGCCGAUGGUUGUGCAGCAGCUGUCUGUGAAGGGGCCUCUGAUGCGGGAGUCGGCAUCAAUGGACGCGCGAGGGGCUGGAAGAGCGCAGCAGCCUCGGGGAGCAGGGCGCUUUGACACAAAAGCCGACGGCGGUGGGGCGCUUGGGUGUCCUGGCAAGAGGGGAUCUCCCGGCGUCUGCUCCUGCUGCUGCUGCUCCUGCUGCUGCCUGUGGUGGAGAGAGCGGCAGACGGCCUCGGCAGCACCGAGACGAGGAGAAGGGCGACGAUUCGGGCUGAGGCGGCUGCUCCACGGCGAGGCGAUGACAGGUUUGAAAGAGGUGCCCAAUGCAUAAGCAAUGCGCGGCGUUGGGGGUGAGAUCUGUCAAGGCUAAGCUUGCAAGAGGCGCUUCCA